CCGUCCGCCCUUUCCCACAUCCUCCUCGUCAUCAGCCGUCGUGCUCCGUACCUCCUUCCCAUCAACCACAUUAACGAUCAAACCCCUACUGUAUAACCAGACUGGGUCAACGUCUCCUUACUACACGCUUAGCCCCCUUUUGCAAGUCUGGGCAGCAGCAACCGCUUACGAAGAGUUCCAGAGCACGCGACCAUCGCGGAUCCUGACGCGCGUCGACACUACCUAACGACCGAAGCAUCCUCCUCUCCUCUGCGCAAGGACUACUACCACAUACGUACUGUCCUCACACCUACCUACCUUGUAUUCAGAAGCGCGUCCUGUUCCCUCUCUCUUUGAUUCUGAGCCUCAAGUCUCCAACGCUAGCUUGCAGACGAUGGCUCAAGCGCGCAAAUUCCAUGCUCCGGGAGUAGGAGGCAGGACGGGUAUGAAAGUCGGCGAAGAUGUACGAUCUCUCAGUGGAUACUUCAAUGCUGGACAACAACACAUGAACCAAAGUUAUGACGAUGAUAGUGAUGGAGAGGACGAUGAUGACGAGGACGAGGAGGAAGAAGAGGAGGAGGAAGGGGAUGGGGAAGAGGAGACUAGAGAUGAUUCGGCAAUCCUUUCGCCUGUAAGGAAUCAAGGGAGGAAGAGUAGCGCGAUGGGGAGAAAGUCAAAUGCUCAGGGUAGUAGUAGUAUGGAUCUGGAGAACAGCUAUGCUCCGUCACCAAAUCGCUCCCGCCGAACUGCCGCUGGCAACGACGACUCGUAUCCCCUUGACGACUCCCUCGUCGACCUCGGCGACGAUCAACAAGAUUAUUCCGACGAUGGCGCGGGCCCCUCGGCGGGCCGGCAAUCCCUCUCAGUAGUCUCACCCAUUGGCAGAGGACGCAAUCGUCCCAGCGGAGCUGGCAGUCUACGGGACCAAAGCGCGAGCAGGAGACAAUCUGGUCGCUCAUCCUUCGAUGUCAACAAUAACUCGAUGGACCGCUCUGCAGAUAUGCCUAUGAUGGACGAUGAGAUACCCAGCUUCAACGUCGAUGCGAAUGACGAGGAGGCCGCCGAGGCUGCGCUCGGGAGUGGAGACGAGGUUGAAGAUGGGGUUCAAGUCGACCAUAAUGCAGGAGCAGCAGGCCUAGAUGGCACAAAGGCCGGCAAGGCGGAACGCGAGUCUGCGAGAAAAGGCAAGAAGGGCGUGAAGGGUGAAAUCAGAGUCGAGCGAACAGAGAGAGCUGGAGGCGGACAUCUUUCGGCAAAAGACAGAGAGAUCAAGGAGAAGGUGCCACGCUCGAGAGGUGGGAGCGUCAUCGAAGGCGAUGUCAGACGAUCCACGCGGCAUCGCUAUACCCCAUUGGAGUACUGGAGGGGAGAGCGAGCCAUCUAUGGUCGAGCGUCCGUUCGUCUAGGAGGCUCACGCCAUCGUGUUAGAGACUCGGCCGAGCAAGAUGGUGCAGAUGAGACUGCUGGAGAUGACACGAUUGAAGCGGACGCCUUCGAGGAUGCUCCCAUCAAGAGCUACGCCGUACCUGUCCUACGAGAGGUCAUCCGUAUCAGGAGGGACGUCGACGAGGGUACCUUCUCCGGGCUCAAGAUCAAGCGGAAGGGCAUCAAUGGUAGCAAGGGCAGACCUGUCAAGCGGGUGGUGAAACGCAAGAGAUCUCGCAAGGCAGAUGGAGAGACGGACGACGAAGACGACGGAGAAGUCGACCCUACACAACCUACUAGGCAUCCUGAAGAGGGCUGGGACGAGGCGACGGACCCGCAUGGGAUGGUUUGGGAUGUGGAGAGGCAGAGUGAAGUAGAGAGGAGAAUCGCCUGCCCUAUCUCGCAAGUCAGACCAAAGACGGCCAUCAACUCCGACUUUGCCUUUGAGAAGGUAUUCGGUGUCGACGAUUACAUGGCUGCUGGAAUUCUUGAGAUUCCUGUGGGAGGAGGAAAGCCUUCGAAGCCUACAAAGGACAACAACUAUACCUUCGUCGUCUUAGAAGGAGCCGUCGACGUUCAAGUGCACCGUACGAAAUUCACAAUUGCCCCAGGAGGAAUGUUCAUGGUACCAAAAGGCAACGUCUACUCGAUCCACAAUCGAUGCCAAAGACCCUGUCGCAUCUUUUUUGCGCAAGCUCGCCAAGCCCAACCUCGCAAGGACAUUGGAGCGAUCAAGAGUGCCGUCAUUCAAGGGGCGGUACUUGGUGCUGCUAGAGCUGGCACUGGCACUGGCACUGGCGCUGGCGCUGGGGUUGGGGUUGAGGAGGAGAGACUGGCAUUGCAGCGCGUGGAUGAGAAUGAACCGGGAAAGACUAGUCGAGCUACUUCUAGAGCAAACGGAAGCGCUUCACCUGUCAAGAGGGGAAGAGGUGGUGGAAGAGGAGGGGGAACAUCCGCCAAGAGGGGUAGGAAGUGAGGUGUGAAGAGUGUUGGGUUGGG